CGGGACUUCCGAUCCCCGAAGUUUUCAACCGGUUCGCGCGGGAGCCGGAAGUCGCGCUCUGGAGCGGGGUCCAGGGCUGCGGACUCCGUCGCCGGCUUCCUAACUCUCACCCCCCUGCCGACAGAAAGGUGCAGUCAUGCAAGAAAGCAUCAGAUUUGCCUCAUCAGGGGACGAUAUUAAAAUAUGGGAUGCAUCGUCUAUGACUGUGGUGGAACAGUUCAACCCCCAUUCAUCAUCGCUUGGAAUCAGCUCUUUGUGUUGGAGUAGCAAUAAUAAUUUUUUGGUGACUGCAUCUGCCAGUGGUGAUAAAAUAGUCAUUUCCAGUUGCAAGUGUAAACCAGUCCCACUUUUAGAGCUAGCUGAAGGGCAAAAGCAGACAUGUAUAAACUUAAACUCUACGUCUAUGUAUUUGGUAAGCGGAGGCCUUGAUAACACUGUUAAUAUUUGGGAUUUAAAAUCAAAGAGACUCCAUCGAUCUCUUAAGGAUCAUAAAGAUGAAGUAACUUGUGUAACAUUUAAUUGGAAUGACUGCUACAUUGCUUCUGGAUCUAUAAGUGGUGAAAUUAUUUUACACAGCAUAACUACCAAUUUAUCCAGUACUCCGUUUGGUCAAGGUAAUGGCCAGUCCAUCCGUCAACUGAAGUACUCCCUGUUUAAGAAGUCUCUCCUGGGCAGUGUGUCUGAUAAUGGAGUAGUAACUCUCUGGGAUGUAAACAGUCAGAGUCCAUACCAUAACUUUGAAUGUAGCCACAAAGCUCCAGCCUCAGGAAUAUCUUUUUCUCCCGUCAAUGACAUGCUGCUUGUAACCAUAGGCCUGGAUAAAAGAAUCAUUCUCUAUGACACUGCAAGUAAGAUACAACUAAGAACUUUAAAGGCUGAGGCUCCCCUAACUGCAGUAGACUUCAUGCCUGAUGGAGCCACAUUGGCAAUUGGAUCUUCCCGUGGGAAAAUAUAUCAAUAUGACUUAAGGAUGUUGAAUUCUCCAGUAAAGACCGCCCUUGCUCACAAAACAUCUGUGCAGUGUAUAACAUUUCAGUGCUCUUCUUCCCUUUUUAAGUCAAAUUUAAAUAAAGGCUCUUCAAAUAAAUCUGCCUUGAACAAAAGAACCGGGAAAGUGAGCAGCACGCCUCUCCAAAAUCCUGAAAUUGUCAGAGAACCAGCUUCUUUAUCAGGUACUGCCGUUUUAUCUCAGCUCAUGACCACAGUUGAGGGGAAAGGAUUGGUGGCUGUUCCGGACAAAUCAGGCUUGCCUCGCAACACGAAUCCAGAUGUCGUUCCAUCUAGAGAUGCUGAAUGUGGGAAAAAUUCAGAUCUCUCCAGCUUUGAUGACACUGGAGGGAGAGGUAGUUUAGGGGACCUCUUCUCACCACUGAGAGAUGAUGCUGCUGUCCACAAGGCAAUUGAAGACUCUUCUUCCAGAGGAAAUGUCCUAGACUUUCUUCCACAGUUAAAUGAAAUGUUUCCAACAAGAAAACAACCAAUGAGUGCAAACACACCAGGAUCACAUCUUAGCUCCCUUCAUGUCUCAAUGGAAUUCCCACUUUCAGAAGAGAAUGAAAGUCAAGAUAUAGCAGCUGAGAGUAAGAAGAUGCAGCUGGGAAAACAGGAAUCAAGGGAACCCUUAAAACAGGUUGCCAAGUUCAUCUCCGCUGGUGCUGAAUCUGGGAAUCUGAACACCUCCCCAACAUCCAGUGCAACAAGAAGCCCUGAGAAAACAGAAAGGGCAGAGAGAGAGAUUCAAGGCCAUUUGACACAUGAAUCCCCAGUCAAUGGAACUACCGUAGUUAAUCCAAAGAUAAUGUCCUCUGUCACUUCCGGAGUUGCUAAUUCACUUUCCGAAAAAAUAGCAGACACGAUUGGAAACAGCAGAUCUAAUAUACGACUGACAUCUGUUGAAAUCCAUUUUAUCCAGAACAUGAUACAGGACAUGCUGGAUGACCUUAGGGAAGCAUGUCAUCGUGACAUUGUAAAUUUACAAGUGGAGAUGAUAAAACAGUUCCAUAUCCAAUUGAAUGAAAUUCACUUCUUACUUGAAAGGUACUCAGUCAAUGAAAGUUUAGUAGCUGAAAUUGAAAGACUACGAGAAGAGAACAAAAAACUUCGGACCAAUUUUUAAAAGUUAUACUUGAAAACGUUGGUUUUGUAAUUUGGAACGGCGUUGGCAGCACAGAAAUAUUCUGACUCAGUGUUGUUUUCAUGAUUUCUGAAGAGUUGUGAGUUUAUUUUUUUUUUAAUCAAACUGUAGAUUAUCAAUCACUACUACUACAUCUCAACUGACUGCUCUAAAACAUUGUAUUUUUGUGAUGAAACUGUAAAAAAUGCCUUUUACAUAACAGGAAAGUCCACAGGAUGUUUAUUGUACUGAAGUGCCUCUUUUCAUAAGAAAAAGAAAUUUGCAGAAAAUUAUAUUUUAUGUAGGUUUUGACAGAUCUAUUUUUGAUUAACAGAUUGCCUUCCAAUUUUUUGUCUGCUCAAACUUAGAAUUUUGGUAUAUCCUGUUUUUCUGAAAGUCAUUUUAAUGACAGUUGGGAUAUUUGAGCAAUUAGCUAAUAAAAUAGAGGGUUGAUUAGUGAUUAUUUCCUUAUUACGACAAAGCUGAACAUGACCAUUAUUUAUUAUUUUGUAUGUUUUGAAAAACUAAAAUUUUGGGAUUGCAUAUUAAAUCUAUUGCAUUUAUUAUGAGAGUAUUGCAAUUAAAAAUAACCUCUGCUAUUGGUUUUUAUAGGUCAAGUUACUUGGGUAAGUGAGCUAUUUGAGAUUUUUAUAAAAAUACUUCAUUUCUUUCUUUAUUGGCAUCAUGUGAGUUAAUGUGCUGAAUUAUUUUGUGAAGGUUCAGUGAAUAUGAUUAGACUUGUAAUCAGUGCAGACUUCAUGGUGAAUAUUUAGAUGUGACUGCAAUGAUAGCAGGCAAGAAUUUAUUAAACCCUGAUUGUGUACUAGGUACUGUGCUAGGUUUCAAGUGAUAUAAAAGCCAAAAGGAAAUAACAGCUUCUGCCUACCCUUGAGGAGUUUACUUUCUGCUGGAACAAUCUAAUUUACUCUAAGGAUUAGACAAAUUAAAAAAUUCUCAAUAUAUUUUUAUACAAGAUAAAAUUUUAAUAAGACUGAAGAACAGCUAGCACAAUGUUUCUGAUCUGGAAAAUACUGAAUCUAUUACAAAGUUUAAGAAAGUAUAGGUUUCUCAUUUCUCUAUUUGUUCUUUCCAUGAUUAUAUCCAAGUGGCCACUACUAUCAAAUGUAUAUCCUUCAAAUGAAUCAUACAUACAUACAUGCGCGUGCACACACACACACACAGAGGCACUUAAAGACCAUUCUUCACUAGCCAUUUCUCAAGAGCCAAGUGGUGACAAACAGCAUGGUAGAAAGUUAAAAGAGAUACAGUAUUAUUCAAGACUGAUAGCUUGUUAGCUGCUAAAACUUGUUUCACAUUGUUAUCAAAUAAGUUUUAGAAGUACUUCAAAAACAUUUCAUUAAAUGCCCAAAUGAUUCAGGUUUUUCGUUACUAUAUGAUAGAUUAAAUUUAAAGUACAAAUUAUAAAAUUACAUCAAUAUUUAAAAAAAUCCGAACAACUAGAAUGAAACCAUACAUAUAAUGAAUAUAUGAAUUUUGAGUAAAAUUUCCUAUAUUUUGCUCCAAAUAUAAAAGGGUUUAUAUUUUUUUAAUUAUUAUUUCUGUAUCAUUUUUCAGCAAUUCAUAUUUGUGUGUGGAGUUUUUGUUUUACCCACUUUGCAACAGAAAUCUUUGACAAUGUUUAAUGCCAAAUAAACGCAGAGACUUUAACAUAGGUACAUGUGUUAGAAAUACACGUGCACCUAUGUUAAAGUCUCUGCAUUUAUUUGGCUAUAAUUUCAUCAUAUAUAAGUGAGAUUUGUAAUUGCAUUGGCUUAGCUCUUUGUUCCAAAGAUUGCAUACCUGAUAUGCAGUUCUCCUUUUGAUUUUUUAACUGAUAAAAAUGAUAGUCACUCAAAAAAUAACAUGAACAUAGCUAGUGAGCAGUAGUUUAUCAAAAUGACAGCAGAAUUUUAAGUGACAAGUAUUUAACAAAUGUAAAUUGUACUAAUAACUACUUUAUAAAUAAAAAU